AUGUUAGCAUUCACAUCCAGAAUCGGCCUCGGGUUCUCCAGAAAGAGCAUCCUGCAGUCCACGAUUGCAUACAGAUCGUUCUUCAAGACGAUCCCCCAGCCACCGGGGAACAUCAUCGGCACCGUGAACGACGCCUACGUGCCACCAAAGCCAAACAAGCUGCACGGGUCGCUCCACUGGACCUUUGAGAGGGUCGUCGUGUUGGGCAUGACGCCAUUGAUUGUUGCGCCCCUCGUCACAGGCUCGUCGCCAUUCGACGGCGCCAUGUGCGCCCUCCUCUUGUACCACUGCUACGCGGGCUUCCAGUCCUGUAUCAUCGACUACAUCCCGAAGAGAGCCUUCGGCGUCUUUCACUCCCUCGCCAUGGGUCUCUUGACCUUCGGCACUCUUCUUUCCGGCUACGGUGUGUACAAGAUCGAGAACGAGGAGCAAGACGGUGUCUUCGGCAUCUUGAAGAAGUUGUGGAAGGCUUAG